CCAGGACCAGGACCAGGACCGAGACCAGGACCCAGACAGUCGCCAUGAUGAAGAAUAAGAGACUUGUCAAAAGUCAGAGGUCCUCUCAGCCUAGGAGGCCGAGCGGCGCCGGUGCGACCCAGCCGGAGGACGAGGAGCUGUUCCUCACGCUGCCGAGCUCGUCUCAGGUCAGGAGAGGAAUGGAGAGAGUUACACCGGCUGAGGUCGACCACAAGGCUGCGGAGGUGAUUCAGUAUUUCCUGAUGAAGGACCAGAAGAAGAUGCCUAUUCGCCGAGCAGACCUGGUGAAACAUGUGAUGAAGGAGUACAGGAACAUUUAUCCUGAGAUCAUGAAGCGAGCAUCGCGGACCUUUGAGCAGGUGUUUGGCUUCAAAAUCGUUGAAAUCGACACCAAGAAUCAUCUUUAUGUGCUGAUUAACAAGCUGGAGACAUCAGAGGGAGCCCCGAGCAUCAACCCCUCUCCUCCUAAGACGGGUUUGCUGUUUGUGAUCCUGAGCGUAGUUUUCAUGAAGGGAGGAGCCGUCCGAGAGGUCGUCAUCUGGAACACUCUGAAGAAACUCCGCAUUGACCCGGGAGAGAAACACAGAGAGUUUGGAGACGUGAAGAAGAUGGUGACGGACGAGUUUGUGCGUCAGAGGUACCUGGAGUAUGUGCGUAUCCCUCACACAGAUCCAGUAGAAUAUGAGUUCAGGUGGGGUCAGCGAGCCAACGUGGAGGUGAAUAAAAGCAGGAUCCUCGACUUCAUGGGCGAGCUUCAUGACCAGGAGCCUCAGGCCUGGACCCAGCAGUACAGAGAAGCCCACGGCCCCCCCCCCUCCACCCCCCCCUCCAGCCAGCCCAGCACCAGCAGCCACAGAUAG